AUGGAGAUGAACGAGCAGAAAUCAGAAUAUGCAUCAAACAAACUGUUGUUCAAAAUUAUCGAUGAACACAUUGGUUACAUCACUCUUAAUCAGCCAGCUAAACGUAAUGCAAUGACUAUUGAGAUGUGGAAAGGUUUGGGUCAAAUAUUCGACGAUUAUGAACAAAAUGACUCUAUAAGAGUUUUCAUAAUAACAGGUGAGGGUGAUAAAGCAUUUUGUUCGGGAGCUGAUUUAAGUGAACCACAUAAUAGAGAAAAUGAUCAUUUAAUACGUCAAUUACGAGAAAAAAUGGGAAAAUUUCCCAAACCAAUUAUAGCAUGCAUUCGAGGCUUUUGUAUUGGUGGUGGUGUUGCUCUUGCAAUGUCAUCAGAUCUACGAAUAGCAGCUGAUGAUUCACAAUUUUCCAUUCCGGCAACAAAUUUAGGAUUACCAUUAAAUUAUGAUAUUAUUGAAAAUUUAUUCAAAUUAAUUGGUGCAAGUCAUACAAAAAUGUUACUUUAUACAAGUGAGAGAAUCAAUGCUAGUGAAGCUGAACGAAUUGGUUUAGUUAAUCGAGUAGUACCAACGGAUAAACUUUAUGAAAAUGUUCUUAAAUUAGCAAAAACACUUGUUAAAAAUGCACCAUUAUCAAUUUAUGCUGCAAAAUGUGCUAUUAAUCAAUUACAUUCUGGUUCAUCAAAUAAUGAACAAGUACUUGUAGCUAUUGAAAAAUGUUUGAAUAGUGAAGAUUAUCAAGAAGGGCGAAAAGCGUUCAUUGAAAAACGUUCACCAAAUUUUCAAGGACGAUAA